AUGAACCAGAAGGUGGUACUCAUCACAGGAUGCUCCUCUGGGAUUGGCCUUGCCUUGGCUGCCCGCAUAGCGAAGGAUGAGAAGAAGAGGUUCAUGGUCUAUGCCACUAUGAGGAACCUCAGUAAGGCUGAGGCGCUGGUUGAGGAAGCGGGACGAUCUCUGGGCAGGACUUUGGAGCUCAAACAGCUGGACGUGUGUGAUGAGGACUCCAUCAAAGCCUGUGUGGACAGCCUGCCUGAGCGCAGGGUGGAUGUUCUAAUCAGCAAUGCUGGGAUGGGUCUGAUUGGACCCAUCGAGUGUCAGUCUGUCCAUGAGAUGAAGACCGUCAUGGACACCAACUUCUUUGGGCUUGUGCGUCUACUGAAGGAAAUCUUACCUGACAUGAAGAGGAGGAAAAAAGGCCAUAUUGUUGUGAUAAGCAGCGUUAUGGGAAUUCAGGGAAUUUUAUUCAACGAUGUCUAUGCAGCAUCAAAGUUCGCAGUGGAAGGUUUCUGUGAGAGUUUAGCAGUGCAAGCCAUGAGGUUUAAUCUCAGUAUCAGCCUCAUUGAGCCAGGUCCAGUGAUAACAGAGUUUGAGCGUAAAGUCUAUGACGAGGGUUUGAAAACUGAUCUCAGUAAAGCCGACAAAGUGACUGCUGACAUGUUCACAAACAUCUACCUGAAGAACUACAAACAAAUCUUUGAAACCCUCGGGCAGACUGCUGAGGACGUAGCAGAGCACACUCUCAAGAUCAUCACCAUGGAUAAUCCCCCUUUCCGUCAUCAGACAAACACAUUGUACACCCCUAUGACCACACUCAAGUACGCUGACCCUAACGGUGACCUCCCAAUAGACACCUUUUACAAAAUGGUGUUUGAACAUGACAAGGUUUUUAGCGCCAGUCUGAACUUCAUCAAACUUCUGCGCUGGAGAAGUCGGAAGAGCUUUACGUUGGAGAAGGACAAGAACAACUAACAGCCUGCAAAUCUUAGUUUGAGUAUUUGUGAGAUAUAUUAAUUCAUGUGGAGAGCUGCUGUAAUUCUCUCUUGUAAUAUUUGAAGCUUGAAGACUACUC